GAAGGAUUCCACGAUCAGGGCACUCACCUCGAUCACGGCCAUGGCGAGCCCUGGGCCUGCGCAACCACGCAGUCCUGCUAAGCAAGGAAUAUGCGGCCUUGGCGCCGUAUCUGCGCAGCCGUAUGCAGAAAUCAGAGCAGCAGUACUCCCGAUGACACAGCCAGCGUUCUCUCUCACUGCGUGCCGCGCUGAUCCGACCCCUACCUGUCCGCCAAGGGAGUGUUUUGGAGCGACGAUUAUGCACCCGGCGCCAGGGAGUGGAACGACAGGAAUGUAGCGGAGGCGGGUACGGUCGAUAUGGCGUCGUCUAGUCAGUAACUGGGCUCGCAGGGCUAGUGCCGACUCUUGGUGUGUUUUGGUAUGUC